AUGUCCUCCCCGUCACCCUCAUCGUCAUCAUCAUCAUCGAAAAUUACCUUGCAAUUGAAGAAAAACAAAAGCUCCACACCAACAGGGACAAGACUCUCAUCGAGGAAAUCUUCACUGACCAAUUUGAGGCUGAACUCCCAGGACAGUGCGGAUGAACGUUGGUCAGAGAGCAGACCGACACAAUUCGAUUAUUAUCUGAAUCGCAAAGAUCAGAAUGCAUUACCGAGACGUGCCACAAUUAUCCCAUACAUCACACUGACCAAUGAAUCUCCGCUACUCAAUCCAGAUAUGCUAGCUCACGAGAAAAUGUUAGUAGACGGACGCGCCAAACGUUCCGGAUCCCGACAUCAGUUUGGCAAUUACCGCGGAUCGUUGCCCUUCACACCGAGUCUGAAAAUCCCCGAGGCGAUUCCGGAGGUGAGCAUGCCACGACGACACACAAUCGUGAAUGUGGAUCAAUCCAAAUUGGGCAAUGAUGAGUCGGACGAGCUGUUGGUAGGAGCCGAUUCCCCGUUCACACAAUCUCAGGCUCAACUGAUGCGAUCCUAUUCCCCGUUGCGUGCCUCUGAUUUGGUCGUUCCGUGCAGUAAUACAUUUGAACAAGUGUUGCGUAAUAUGGAACGGGAACAUGUAUAUCCAUCAGCCACAGAAGAGGAGGAUUGA